AUGGAGAGCAACAACACCCAUAUCUCGACGAUAGCUGUCGGAGCUGCUGUUGUUUUCUUCUUCUGCGUGAUCAGAAAAUUACGAUGUAUAUGGAUACAGUCACAGUUUGCUAAGGUACAUGGUUGUGAGCCUGUAUUGCCAGCCUCGAAAGAUCCUCUUCUCGGCAUCGAUGUGCUUCUGGAGAACAUCCAAGCAGCGAAAUCCCACCGUUUCCUCGAACUUAUCCAACACCGGUUCCAACGGUACGGAAACACAUUCCGUGUAAAGCGAUUCACAACCCCCUUUAUUAUAACCUGUGAACCGGCGAAUCUAAAAAAUGUCUUAUCCCUCAAAUUUAGAGAUUAUGGUCUGGGAAGUCGUAUCGCGACCUUCGGUCCGCUAUUGGGCCAUGGAAUCUUUACCUCCGAUGGCGAGCACUGGGCUCAAUCCCGCGCCAUGGUGCGCCCCAGUUUCGUCAAGGACCAGAUCGCGGAUUUAGAGAAGCUUGAGGAGUUGAUGCAAUGUCUGUUGGCGUUGAUCCCUACAGAUGGCUCGACUGUGGACCUACAAGAUUUCUUCUUCUGCUAUACCCUCGAUUCCGCCACCGAGUUUCUCUUCGGCCACAGUGUCCAAAGCCUGAACCAGCGUCUGUCUGGUGUGGUACCUGAUGACAGUGAUUUUGCUUCGGCUUUUAACUAUGCCCAGCAUGCUAUUGCUAGAAACACCCGUCUCGGUUUCUUGGGGCGGGUUAUUCCCGACCACAAAGCGACGCGAUCCAACCGUAUCUGUCAUAGCCUGGUGGAGCAGUUGUUGUUGUUGUUGUUGUUGAUUCAUACGCUGACCCCUCGCCUGAGCGACAUGCAGGGUACUACUAUCUCCACACUCUAUGUACAUCCAUUCCUCGUAGACUAUUACUUUCCUGACGAACUUGGAGCCUCGUCAAGGCCUGUGGUGGCCAGUGCCUGGGGUUGUGUUUUGCCGCCCUCGUGGCGCGCGACUUCGGAAUCUCUGCGAUGCCUCCGCAAAGUCCAGGACCGCCCCGAGGACGCUACUGUCUUGCGGACCAUCUUGGAACCUACCCUCCCUACCUUGUCCUGCUCCUCCCAGCAUAUCUGA